AUGGACCAAACUUUAACAAUAAAUAAUGAAUUACAUUCAACUGACAAUGAUAAAUCUGAAAAAAGAAUUACUUCACAAGAAACAGUACCAUUUGUAGAAGUUCGAACAUCAAAACGAAAACGGUGGAUAUAUNAUACUUAUAUAAUUCAAGUCUUUUUGUUAUCUAAUAUAACAUUUAUUGGAUAUUCUAAUUUAGACACAGUUGUAUUUUCAACAUCAGGUGGAACACGAAAUCCAAAUGUCUCGGAUGAUGGUACGCAUUAUGCAAUGGAUAACCUCUGUAUUAGUGUUAAAUGA